AUGUUGGAUGACCUCUUCCUGGUCAGUGGCAAGUGGGAAGAUGUCAUGCGAGGAGCUUUUGACAUGGUCAAAUUGAGACAGACAAUGAUCAAUGAAUUGAGUGAUGAACUUCAAAAGCAGGCAUUUGUGAUGCUGUGUAAAGACUACUCCCCAGGUAUGAUCCCCACCAAGUCUGCCCUGCUGAAACAGAUGGUGUGGACACAGGCUGUCCAGUCAGGAGCUCUCAGACCAUGGACUGGACUCAUGGUGGACACACCAGUAGACCUCGAGAAGUUAAGGGAAUCCUGUGAAGUCUAUAAGAAGUGUUUUGGCCUAGACGAGGGUUCCCAGGAAGACUUGGCUGAGUUAUCUGCCACAAAGAAGGGGUUUAUCGAGAUGUCUGCAGAAAACAAACUCCCCAUGUGUAAGGGUCUUUUUGGUGCAACCAGGGAGGUUCAGUCAGAUCUCCUUGGUGCAAAUAAUUCAGAGCUACCCCCAACCUCUAUUCGUGACCUUGUUGGAAUGGUUUCAAAGAAUGGCAGCGCUCUUAUGACCCUCGAAGUUGCAAACUACUCUUUCGAAACACCUGUAAACUAUGGCUUACCUGAAGGUAAAGCCAUGCAUGUCGUUGCACAUUUCCUGCGAAAGGUAAUCGCUGAACAGGCAGAAUGUGCACAGGCACUGUAUGAGGAACUUUUUGUCACCAAGUAA